CUUUCAGUUCCAUUCGAACCACGGCUCGGUUGUAUUCGUCGAGGACGCCGGUGCGCAUCGUCGUGUACGUUUGCGAUACAAGAAGGAGAGGAAAGCGUUAAAAGCUUUUCCUUUCGCUCGUUAUUUCAUUUCUUUCUAAUUUCUUUUUUUGUUUGUUUUAUUUUUGUCCCUUCUUUUCUUCGUUCUUUAUUUCAUGAGUAAUUAUACGUAUGUACGUUCGUCCGUCCGUCCAUUCGCACGUCUCGUUACAUACACGAUAGAUUCUAUAAUCAAAGCUACAAUGCACUCACCUUUAGACUCAUUGAAUAAGAUUACCUGCAUUUUUCUUUUCGUAUGAUAUCGAAGAAUAAUACAGUGGACAAGAAAAAUAGAUACAGUGAGAACGGAACGAGUGACUUCGUUUGAUCGACUAAUUGUCUUCCUGUUGCUCGUUGCUGGACUUGGAAAAUCACAAGAAAAACAGGCGUAACGAGGGCACCUAGCUUAAAGGCAAGAAAACGUUACCCUACGAUGCGUAAACCGGCGCUCCAGUUAAUUAACGAUGCGAUGACACCGAAGACGAGGAUGACAGUAGCGAAGGUAGUGACAACAACAGGAAGAACGACGAUGAGAACGACGACUACGACUACGACGACUACAACUACGACAACAACGAUGACGAAUAUGACGAUGACGACAACAAGAAUGAUGAUGAUGAUGAUGAUGAUGAUGGGUACGCGAUGAGAGAUAAAAGAACGUCAAGUGAACUCUCGUGAAAUCGCGCCACAUCAGUCCGACCAAAGAGGAAAAGAAACGCGUAAUGACUCGUCGUCAACUAUCGGCGAUAUUUUCUCGCGGACCACGAAGAAAAGAAAGGAAAGAAGAGAGAACAGUUAGAAGGAUUUCGAGGGAUUUCGAGGAAAGAAAGAAAAAUUCCUUAGGAGUUCGUUAAACCUCCGUGUUUCUCAAAGACUGCUACCACUCGCCAAAUUUUUAACGUUUUACACUCGUGCCAAAUAGGCACCCUACUUAAUAAAUAGGGACCAAGGUCCAAAAUUUAGAGGAGAGUUUGUUCGAAAAUAGAUGUAUAUAUAAUACAAGAAAAGUGGAUCGUCCGGUAGCUCUCGUUGAUCGAGCUCGUCCUAAAUGGAAGGGAGGAGGGAGUACGCGAGGAGAAAAUUUCGCGGCUCAAAGAAGGCGUCGAUACGUCGACGCUGGUACGACAAGGAAGACGUCUUCGUCUUCGUCGUCGUGGUCGUCGACUUCGAGCUAUGCGAAUCGCCGAGAAAUUCGCAGAGCGCUGCCUGCUCCGAGGAUAGAUAAAGGAGUCGCUACGGAGAAGAGAACGUUAGAUAAGAAUAGGAUGCCGGGGCAGACGUCAACUCGAGAGAGCAGCGAGGUUAUCCGAAUGGAACCCCUGGGUAGAACAUCCAGUUCACGUAGCCCCGGGCAAAACGGAACUGCUAAUAGCACGGAAGUACCAGUGAUUUCAGAAGACAGCAACACCGGAUUGCACAAACGUAGCAUUUACGAGCCCAAUGGAAUCGUUUGCUCACAAAAAAGAGCACUUUGCAUAGCCACCGUCGUUUUCGCGCUACUUUUCGCCAUAUCACUCAUCAUUGCCUUCGCGGGACCACAAAAUGACUGCCCUUGCGCUGGACAAAGGCCGGCCAAUAUGGAAAUCGAAGACGAUGAAGAGAGCAACGAGCCUAUCGCAACUAAUGGGGAGGUGUUCCCAUGGAAUAACGUCAGACUACCUACAUUCGUGCAUCCUACUAGGUAUAACAUUACCAUCCAUCCAAAUCUUACCACCUUAGAAGUUAAAGGACAGGUCACGAUCGAAUUUUACGUCGAUAAAGAGACCAAUUUUAUCGUCUUCCAUAGUAACAACUUGACAAUAAAUGAAAAGAUGGUCCAAGAUCGCAAAGGCCAUAGAUUGAAAAUUGCAAAAUUGCUGGAAUACCCGACGCACCAGCAAUUGUAUCUCCAACUGGAAGAGAGCAAAUUUCGUAAAAGGGGCAAUUACACGGUUCACCUGAGAUUCGUUUCAAAGCUGGCGAGUGAACUGGAGGGUUUUUAUCUCAGCAGUUACGUCACCGCCGAUGGAGAAAAGAGGUACUUGGCAACAACUCAUUUUGAACCCACGUAUGCACGAUCGGCGUUUCCCUGUUUCGACGAGCCGCAGUUCAAAGCAAAAUUCAAAGUCUCCAUAUUUAGGGAUAGAUUUCACAUAGCGCUUUGCAACAUGCCUGUUGUCAAUACGGAGGAUGCUGGAUUUUAUAUGGGCACUGGUCUUCUUCGAGAUGACUUUCAACAAUCCGUCGAAAUGUCGACUUAUUUGGUGGCGUUCGUUGUGUGCGAUUUUAAGAGGAUUUCCGAGAUGACAAAGAGAAAUAUUUCUGUGAGCGUUUACACAGCAGAAUCGAUGCUUCCUCAAGCGAGAUACGCAGUGGAUAUCGCUGCACGUACAAUGGAUUACUUUGAGUCUUUCUUUGGAGUACAUUAUCCACUGCCUAAACAAGAUUUGAUCGCGAUUCCUGAUUUUGGUGCCGGAGCAAUGGAGAACUGGGGCCUAAUUACUUAUCGAGAAACUGCAAUACUUUACGAUCCCGAAGAAACAUCGACUGCUACACAUGAAUGGAUUGCCGUUAUUGUUGCCCACGAAUUAGCACACCAAUGGUUCGGUAAUCUCGUUACGAUGAAAUGGUGGAACGACCUUUGGCUGAACGAAGGAGCGGCCAGUUUCUUCGAGUACAAAGGAGUCAAUCACAUUUCGCCGGAAUGGAGUAUGAUGGAUCAGUUCAUUCUUGACAAAACGCAACCUGCCUUAGAUCUUGAUGCACUCGCCAGUAGUCAUCCUAUCAGUAUACAUGUCAACGACCCAAGAGAGAUCGAAGCUAUCUUCGAUACGAUCAGCUACAGCAAAGGUGCCUCGAUUCUCAACAUGCUUGAAGGUUUCCUUUGCGAAGACGUUUUGAGAAGUGGACUAAACGAUUAUCUCAAUAGUCACGCUUAUGGAAAUGCGGAUACCAAAGACCUUUGGGGCGUUUUCACUAAACACGCCAAUCGCACGUUUGACGUUAAAGCUAUAAUGGAUACGUGGACUCAACAAAUGGGUUUUCCUCUGAUCACGAUAAUCCGUGAUGGAAAUACCAUCACAGCCAGUCAGAAAAGAUUUCUCGUCUUGCCGAAUGAAAAUGAUACAGAAAUUUCCAAUCAAAAAUCACCUUUCAACUACAAAUGGUACAUUCCUUUGAGUUACUAUACGGACAAGGAACCGCAAAAACUGCACAACGUAUGGAUGAAUUUAACCGACGUGACCUUCGAAAUUACGAGCGACGUCGAGUACAUCAAGUGCAAUAUCAAUCAAAGUGGAUUUUAUCGAGUGACCUAUCCUGAGGACAUGUGGAUGUCAAUCAUCAUGACUUUACAUAACAAUCACACGCAGUUUAGUCCGGCAGAUCGUGCAAAUCUUAUCGAUGACGCGUUCACGUUAUGCGAAGCGGGCGAAUUAAAUGCUACUAUCCCUUUGGAACUAUCUUUGUACCUUCUUAACGAAAGAGAUUACGUUCCAUGGGCCACGGCCCUCAGGUAUCUACACUCUUGGAAGGAAAGAUUAGCCGAAAGUAAGGCGUACAAGAGAUACAUCGAAUUUCUUAAACGAUUGUUAGGUCCUGUUACAAAAUAUGUCGGUUGGACGGACGAAGGAUCUCAUUUAGAUAAAUUAUUACGAAUUGGGGUGCUACAAUCUGCGGUAUCGGUGAAAUUGAACAGCGUCGUGGAACCAGCGAAAACACUCUUUAACGAUUGGAUGUCGAAUAGCAAACGUAUCGGCCCAAACAUUCGCGAUGUUGUUUACGUUGCAGGAAUAAAAUUUGGUGGAGAAGAUGAAUGGAACUAUUGUUGGUCGGUUUAUCAGAAAACACAAGUUCCUAGCGAGAAAACGUUGAUGUUACAAGCGCUUGGUGCUACCUCGGAUCCGUGGUUGUUACAACGUUAUCUUUUACGUUCCUUGGAUCGAGAGAAGGUGAGACCUCAAGACGUUGAGACUGUUAUAGGAUCCGUGGCUACUAAUCCGGAAGGACAGUUUCUUGCUUGGCGACAUCUUAAAGCAUACUGGCACGAUAUACAAACUUUGUUUGGUAACGGUACGCUCACUAUGGGUGGCUUGAUAUCCGUUGUUACGUCGGAUUUCUUUACGGAACACGAUUACCGCGAGGUUUCCGAAUUUUUCAAGAAAGUGGACGUUGGUAGCGGUAAACGGGCGCUAGAACAGAGCUUGGAGACGAUAAGAUUCAAUAUUCAUUGGGUGAAAAACAACGUGGACGUACUGGACGACUGGUUGAUCAGCUAUUUGGACGUUCACUCGUGUUAACCUUUGCUCGUCGGAAAUGGGACAGCAAUGACCCGGAGUUGUUCGGUCGUUUUAUCGGUAUGGCUAUUUUUGUUCAUUAUAUUUAUACGAGAUACCCACCGAGCGGGUAUAAUAACGCGACAUAGCCUACUUGAAAAGGCCGAGAUCCGAGCGCGCUAUUAAAACGGUCAGGGAUGGCCCAUUUCCGCCAAAUUUUCCCUCUGUGGUUUUGUUUUUCUUUUUCGUCGAAAGACUAUUUCUACUUAGGCAACAAUUAGACUGCAAAGAAAGACAAUCCGACAACGAGACGAGAGGGACGGGGAGAGGGCCUUUACUGUUCUAGCUUUUCACUGAUGAAAAUUACACACGUAUACAUACACGUUUACACCGAGAACCCCGCUGGGUAUACAAAAGCUAUCUCUCUCUCUCUCUCUCUCUCUCUCUCUCUCUCUCUCUCUCUCUCUCUCUCUCUCUCUCUCUCUCUCAGUCUCAUGAUUAGGCCUCGCCUGUCGGAAAAGAAAUCUUCUUGACAGUUGAUGACGAGCGUAAUACUUGCCGAAUUGUUUGUAUGUAACAUAUUAUACACCGAUUUAUACGCACUUUCGAAAGUAUUUAUUUACUGUACACGCGGUGCGUGCAGAUUGGAAUAUUAGGUGUAAAGAAGCGUAAGCGUAAAAAAAAAAAAAAAAGGAAAAGAAAAAAAAAAAAGAAAAAAAAACAGGAAAAAAAAGAAACAAAAUGUAAGAGGAAGGAAAAAAAGAAAAAUAAAACAAAAAAAAAGAAAAGAAAAGAAAAGAAAAGAAAGAAAAAAUAAGAGAGACGAAGAAAAUUUAUAAUAUUAUAAGGGGAGGAAAAUAAGGGGAAAUAGAAGAUGACGUUAAUUUUACAGGGUAGUCGUUGACCCGUCGUCGACGCGUCGACGAACCAGGGCUAACGACCUACGCCUCGAAGGACGUUUAAAAACAGUCUUUCGUCUUCCCCUGAGUAUAUUGAACUUUAAAGGAGUGACAAUAGUCACCUCCACGUGAUGCCCAACGCCCCAUUCCUAAGAACCCAUCCAUCGGAGUGUAUUAAGUUUGUACGUAGUGCGACGAACGGAUCGAACUUAUUGUGGGGGAAGGCAAGGAGGAAAUUAAAAAAAAAAAGAAAAAGAAAGAAAGAAAGAAAGAAAGAAAAAGAAAUGUGCUUGAACGAUGGCGAUAAUGAUAAUGAUGAUCAUGAUGAUCAUGAUGAUGAUAAUGAUGAUGAUAAUGAUGUCGAUCGAAGAAACAGAAAAAUUCGAGAAGUAGCUAAAAUCGGCGGUUAUUGUUUAGAUGUAAUCAAUUUAUCAUAGAGAAUGUCCGAAACGAAGUUCGUAAGAGCAGUCACUUUGUACGUUUUAAGUAGCAUAUCAACUAUUAGAUGGUCCGAAAAGCAAAAUCCAAAUCCGAGUCUAUUUCGAAGGAGAUCAUUGGUAUCGUCUCUCUGCGAAAGGCAACGGGAAAGAUUUACGAGUAUAGUAUAUGUAUGUAAUAUUAUGAAACAUCGAGAAGAUGAAAAAAAAAAAAAAAAAAAAAAAAAAGAAAAAAAAGAAAAGAAGAAUGAAAAAUAAUGAAACAGACGGUUUUGCCGGAGGUGAGUGAAUUAAAAGGAAAACGAAAAAGAAAAAAAAGAAAAAAAAAAAAAGAGGAAAAGAAAAGAAAAGGGAAAAAAAAUGAACAUAAGAAAAGAAAAGAACAAAAAAAAGAAAAGAAGAAAAUAAAAAAAAAAAAAAAAAAAAAAUAAACGUACCGUGUAUGUUAUAUCCACGUGUAUAAUUCGUAUUCGCUACAGGUUGUUGUGGAAGCGCGGGAAAGAUUGUACGUCUCGCGUGGAGCUGAUCGUUCUCCGUGUGUGAAGUGUAGCCAUAUAUAGAAAAUCGGAUAUUUUAUUAUGAGAGAAAAGUGUAUAGAUUUAUAUCAUCCUGUGACGCUUUGUACGGUGUGCAUGAAAAAAAAAAAAAAAAAAAAAAAAAAAAAAAAAAAAAGAAAAAGAAACAAAAAGAAACAAAAAAACCCACAACAACAACAACAACAAACGAACAAAGAAACAAAGAAAAGAGUAAACUGAAAAGAAUAAAAAAAGAAAAGAUAAGAAAAGUAACAGAAGGAAAAAACAUUAUUAGGGAGUAAGGAAUUGUCGUGCGUCGUGCUCUCAAAAGUCGUAAAAAAAGUUUAUUAAUGAGUAAAAGAAAAGGUUAAAAGAAAAGAAAAGGACAAGAGAGAGAGAGAGAGAGAGAGAGAGAGAGAGAAAAAAAAGAAAUUAUAAGAGAAGAAAACCGUCUACGGUGCCGAGACGCGGAGAGGUGAUUAAUAAUAAUAAUAAUUAAUAAUAAAAAAUAACGAUAAUGAUAAUAUAUGCAAAAGCGGUCCUAAUCAUUGCGCCUCAACGUUUAAGAGAGUUAACUCGUCGCAACUGACAAUGAGAGACCAUCAUUCGUUUCUCACUUUCUUCCUUAUCCUUUCCCUACUUUGUAUUUUCUAUAAUAAUUUCCUCUAGCCACAUCCCCUCCCCCCUCCGUUCUUAUCUUCAUUGUUUCCAUAAUUUCGUAUCAUUCGUAUCGUUCACGCGAAAGAAACGUUCGUUCCUCGUUGGGGCGCGCGAAACGAGAAGCGACACACAUACAUACAUAUAUAUAUAUAUAUAUAUAUAUAUAUAUAUAUAUAUACACGUAAAACACAUACAUGAAUGAACACACAUAGAGAAAUUUUCCUGGCGCGAGCAUGAGUGAGAAGGGGAAAAAAAAAAAAAAAAAAAAAAAAAAAAAAAAAAAAAAAAAGAAAGAAAAAAAAAAGAAAAAAAAAGAAAA